UCAUUCAGAUCUAGCUCCCAAAUUAGACACCUGACGUUAGUUUUAUAUUUUUAAUUGCAAAUAAUUAAUUAAAUAUUCAUUUUAUUACAACUGGAGUAACUGCGGGUUCUUUUUUUUUUUUAAUUAUUUAUUUAAAAUUAUUAAAAUUUCGCGCCAAAUUAAUUGUUAUAUUCUGUCUGGUAUAAAAGUCAGUCAAUAAAAAAAUUUAUGCCCAGGAUUUUAUGGAAUACUUAAAAAUUUAUAAAUUUAAUUUAAUAAUUUAAUUGAUUAUUUAAAAAAAAAAAAUAUGAGUACAAAGGCAGCUAGAGCUCGAAUAAAUCGAGCUAAUCAAAUAAAAGCUGCUAAAGCUGCUAGAUCAAUGCCAACAGCUAUUUUAUUAGAGAAGAAAGCAGUUUGUGAUGCAAAAGCACUGACAAUUGUUGAAAAACUCAUAGAACCACAAGUUGAUGUUCAAUGGAUGCUGGAAAAUUUACAGCAUAUUAAUCUUUCGCAUAUGGAAGACGUUGCUGAAGAAAGAGCGAUAACUAAAAUAUGCGGAUACGUUUUGUGUGACAAUCCAUUAACGAAAGUUGUGAAUAAAAAGUACUCGAUAUCAGCAAUGAGGAACAAAGUUUAUGAUGUUGAGGCGGUGAAAAAUUACUGCUGCUUUUCGUGUUAUAAAUCAAUGACUUACAUUAUGGAGCAGAUGCUGACUAGUCCACUUUGGUUGAGAAGUUAUGAAGAAAUUCCAAAGUUUAAGAUCAUGGAGAAAAGUAAUAAGAGAGAUAUCAGUAUACCUGGAGUUGAGAUUAAUAUUUUGGGGGUACAAUUGCCCAAAGAGGAUUUACCGAAAAAGAAAAAAGUUAAGAAUAAUAAAGGAGAAGAGAGUGAGGAAGAUCAGGGAGAGUUGGGGAGAGAUGAUGAAGAAUUGGGGAGAGAUGACAAUGAAGGAUUAGAAAGAGAUGAUGAUGAUGAUGAUGAAGAAUUGGAAAGAGAAAGGGAUGAUCAUGACAUCAAAAAUAAAACAAUGGACCAAAACGUUGAUGUUUUGGUUGAAAAAUUAAAGAAAGUUGUAAAAUUUACAGAUGAACAAUUGAAAGUAAAGGAAAAAAAUAAUUUAUUGAUAAAUAAAACUACAGAAAAAAGUAAUGAUAAGGAUUCGAUUUUUAAAUCUAGGAGAGCUGCUAUUAAAAAAGAAAAUACUGAUGACAGUGAAUCGAAAAGUUAUGUAAAGAAAACCCAAAAUAAGAUACCGGUAUUUUUUACUGAAACAUUGACUGAAAGACUUAAAAAUAAUUUCAGUCAACUGGUGACAGCCAACACGAUAAAGUUUCUACAUGGAAAGAAGACAGAAAAACAGAGUAUAUUUCAAAACAUCAGGAAUCAAGAAAAAUAUGCGCGAUUGUGUGACAAACUCAACCAACUAGAUUUGGACGAUCUUGAAGAUCUAGAGCCUAAGGUUUCGAAUGACUUGAGGCCUGCGCCACAUUUCGAGGUCCUGAAGGAACAAGCCAAGGACCUGGUUAUUAAAGUAAAUGCUUUUUACAAAGGUAACUUGGAAGUUGAACCACCGGUUAAAGAGGAUGAGCAAGAUGACAAAGAGUCGGAUACUGUGAUACCGCUGACUGAUGCUCAUGCACCCAUUGCUUUGAGAAAAAGAAUUUUCCUCGACAAACUUGAUAAAGUGGUACCAGAUCUACUGCCAACACUUUCUGGACCCGGUUGCAUCGAGUACGAUUACUCUAUCGAACGUGUUACUGCUCUUAAGUCAAUAGUCAGUACAUUUAAUCUCACAGCUAAAAAUAUUGUAUUUAAAACAGCAGAGUGGACAGUUGUAGGUCUUCUGAUGAUUAAGAUGCUGGCUUUCAUUGAUCCAUUGAUCAAAUCUUUACUGUCAACUAAACACGCAGCUUCUCGUAUCUCAUUAAUUUUGAUGUCCUACGAUCUAGAACCUGAUCAUCUAGACAAUUUAAUAAAAUCUUUGAUAGGCACAACAGAAACCAUAGAAGAACUUCCAAGUGAUGAUUAAGUUUAAAAAAAUAUCACGUUGUAAAUAAAUUUUUUUGUUAUUAAUAAAUAUUUAA